GGAGCGAGAGUUUUCACAGUGACUUGGUGCUGAUGCUGGACUGGUGCUGGCUGGCAGCGAAUGGUGCAGGUAACACACACACACUCCUAGAGAGGGAACUCCGAGGGAUCUUCUAGACGAGGAUGGCAGGAAGGAGAAGAACAAGGACCUAGAUCCCAGCACUCACCUUCUACUCCUCACCACUGACACUUCAUCGUCUUCAUGGCCACACAAUGGCACACACACAGACCUUGAUCCAUUGUAAAAAAAAAAGAAAAAGGACCAGGAUGUUCAUAGUGACCUUAUAGAGAGAGAAGACUCCAUAUAUUGCACACCAUGAUUGGCAUCUAGGACAUGCACACCUGAUUGGUGAUCGCCUUGCUGGGGGUGGCAGUGGCGGCGGCGAGGGGGGGUAAGCGUGCCCAUGACCCCUCUGUCCCUAGGUGACUCCUCCACCUGGAUCUCCACCUUGGACCCAACCAACCUUUUCCUACAGGCUGUUGGAUUUUUUUGUCAUUGACAUUGGGCAAAGGGAACAAAUCUGACCCAUCUAGUCCCUGAACUUUCAGUCUGGAAUCCGGGAAAACUAACAAGGAUCACCAAUCCUACCCUUGGAUCUUUCUUAUUUUAUUUUUUUAUUCUUUAUUAAUUUUUUUUUGGUCAAGGCAGUGGCGGACAAUUGAUUGGCGGUGAGGGGCCCCCUUUCAUAUUGCCCUUUGGGGAGAGAGGCUGUGAGGGGGAGAAUGAAGCAUUUCGCUGCGUACGAGAAGCAUGAGGUGGCACCUGUACACCCGCUCUGAUUGGGCAUGGAUGGUGCUAACUUGGCUGUCUGUAAUGCUGUGUUUGGCAUCCGCCACAGCCACAAUUCCUAGGCAGCAUGGCUCGGCUACGUCACCUGGGCAGUCAUCGCUCGACUGGUUGCUUAGUAACAGGGGUCCCUUCCAUCGGUCCCAGCAGUAUGUGGACUUUGCUGAGCGUUACCAACAAGGGUAUACCACCAGGUAUCGAGUGCACAGGGAGUUUGGCCGCUGGAAAGUAAAGAACAUGGCCUUAGAGAGUAAGGAAUUUCCGAAUCUCACACUGGCUCCAGAGUUUGUGCGCACCAUCCGUCAGCUGGGGAGGAGGCCGUCGGCGGCUCAGAUCACGGAGAACCUGAUCAAAAAAUAUGGCACGCAUAUUCUGCUGUCUGCUGUGCUCGGAGGUGAAGAGUCCCUCACCAUGUUUGUGGAUAAGGGAAGACUGAAGCGAGACGCGGGAGUACGCGGGAACAACACGGCCCCCACACUGGACACUCUGCACCAGCUGGCAGCUUCAUAUUUCAUGGACCGAGAGAGCGCUCUGAGGCAGCUGCACCACAUUCAGAUCACCACGGGAGCCAUUAAGGUAACCGAAACGAGGACUGGCCCCCUUGGCUGCAGUAACUACGACAACCUGGAUUCUGUCAGCUCUGUAUUGGUGAUGGGUCCUGAGAGUAAAGUGCAGCUUCUCGGGCUGCAGGCACUGCUUCCUCAGUACUUACGAGUGAAAUUUGUGAGGGCUGCAUUGUCCUAUAUUUCCUGUAACUCCCAGGGAAGGAUGGAGUGCCAAGGAGGCGAAUGUUGGUGCCACUGUGAUCCUGCCUACCCACAAUGCAACUGCCCUGUGGAGGACAUCCAUAUACUGGAGAAGAGCCUGACGCAGACACAGGAACAGGCGACUGGUCAGAACAAAGAGUUUGAGGAAUCUGCGGAGUUCCGGACAUUUAUGAAGAAUUUGCCUACAGACCGAUUCCUCAACAUCACAACAAUUUCAAGGAUCUGGAAUGCAGACCUCCAUCUGACGCGUCGCUAUGAGCAACUGAGAGCGGGCUUCAAACAAUUAUUGUCAAAGUCUCAGAGGCAAAUGCGCCGUCUGAUCAACCUGAGUAAACACUGCCUACGCCAGCCUCAGUACACAUUACUGCGGGAGAAAUCUGUAUCUUAUUGGUGGCAUCGGAUUCAGUCUCUUCUGUACUGUAGUGCCUCUCUUGUGCCAGGCACAUUUCUGGAGGCCUCCCACAGUUGUACCUGCACUUUCCAGCAUCCCAACUGCCAGGUGAACAUACCCUGCAUACAGGGACCAGGUCCCUUGUGUUCCCUCUGUUCAACAGUACUUCAUGCUCAGUGUGCCAGCUGCAACCCUGGAUACACUCUCUCAGCUCAAGGCCUGUGUGUGCCUUCAGUGCCUGAGUCCUCAGAACCUUACCUUGGGACAGAAGGUAGCCUUCAGGACUUGGAGGUGAAAUACUUGCUCCUAAAGCAGGAUGGACGUUUGAGAGCCCCAGCAUUCUUUAUUUCUGGAGAUCUACGACUUGGCAUGUGGUUUCAGAUGGGAGGCAGGAAGCGUAUGCUGCUUACCUGCAAGAGCAACAAGCACUGGCCAAGGCAGUUGCAUAUGCUUCUAGGACUUUCAAUGCGCCUCUGUCUUGCUGGGAAUGGGACCAGAGAUCCACAAGUAACAGUGUAUGUUAACCCCUUUGGAGGAAGCCACUCAGAAAGCUGGCUAUUGCCUGCCGGGGAACAAGGGUAUCCAAGUUGGGAGAAAACUUGGGACGUGGAAGGAGGAGACCGCUGCCAGAACUGGACUUUGAUAUUAGGUCAUCGGUGGCGGUCAUUUUUUGAGACUGUACAUUUUUACAUGAGGAGCAAUCCUCUUGAGGAAGAGGGAGAGGAAGAUUCAGCCGAAUGGACUGACAAACAGACUUUGGAUGACAAAUUGGGAGACCCUGAGUAUGUCCGUAUUGAUGGUCUUCAUGCUUUUGGUUAUAGCGUGCCCUUUGAUCCAGAGGCAAUCAGGGGCUUGGCUCAAAAACUUGAGCAGCCUGGAUCCAGAGAAGGAGCAUUAAUGGAAAUGCAAGAGUUGAGGAAACGUGUCAAUUUCCUUUCCCCACCUGGUGCCCGUAAGUUGGAUCUGUUUAGCUGCUUACUACGACACCGGCUGAAAAUGAGCAGCAAUGAGGUGGGAAGAAUACAAGCCCAGCUUUCUGUAUUCAGCAGUCAGCUUCCUAAUGGCUCCACGUAUGAGACAACGAAGCUCUGCAGUUAAAAGUUCCUACCGGUUCAUUCUUUAGCUCCUUUGAUACAUAACAAAGGCCUAAUCAGGCUCGAGAAUCAUGUACAGUGUCUUCCUUUUGUGAAGUCAGUUCUUACCACUUCAGUAGUCCUUGGCUCUGCACUACCUUUGUACUGGAGCGGCAGAGUCCCAAAAUGGUUACAUUUGCCAAACAAAAGGAUGCAAUGGAAAAAAAUGUUAUAUGUUAAUAUAGUCAAUGCUUUCUAAAUUUAAUUGUGUAACCUGAAUGAUGUUCAGCCUUCAGUGACAUGUUGAUGAAUGUCAUUGUUUAUGCAGUCUCUUCUGGAAAGCCAAGAGUGCCCAAGCUGGAGACAAAGCUGUGAAUUCCAAAGAGCUAUGGGAACUCAAAAAGACAUCACAGCUUAAGCCAUAUUAAGAGGAACCUCCCAAUGACAACAUGUUUCCUUGUCUUUUAAUAUGGAAAGACAGUCGAAGAAUUGGUCGUAUAAUGUGGCAAGAUGAGCCAAGGGGGGGAAAAAAACCUAACUAGAGAAAAAUAAACAUGUAGAAACAGGAUUAUUUUAAAGUGUCACAUUUAAAUGUACAUGGGCGUUCAAAAUUCUAUAGAACUGGGUAUUUAUCUGUUUCACUGUUAGUUUACCUAACAGUAUACCUAUCCAACUAUCUCCUAAAGCCUUAUAAUUGUCACCAGUGACACAUGCGAGGGUGCGUGUCACCUGGUACAAAGGGGGUUAAUGGAGCUUGUAAAAGGUCGUAAUUUUUAAUUUGCAAAAACUGGCAAAAAAAGCACAAGACAAAAAAAUUAUAAUAAUACAAGACUUUCCAGUGACCAGUGUGUGUUGAUGUUUUGAAUAAGUACACAUUCUGCAGUUGUCUGUGGACACAGGGUUUAGUGCGUGUUUACAAAUACCCAGGUCUUUUGUGUGUAUGGGCUUAAGACAACACGAGAAGGCAGCCUUCUAGUCCCCGAUGCAAUUUAGUAAUAUUUAAUCUGUAUGGAAACCUGGUAAUGAAUGCAGAGCUGUACCAGGAAAGCAAGCUCAUUGAGCGACUGUCUCGAGAAUAAAGCCUAUGUUAAAAUAAGUGUCUGUAAGCCUAGCAGAGAUAAUAUGGCUUCUUCAAGGUCAGACGAGCUGGUAUUGGCAUAUAGUAAAUACUUUCUAUUAAUGGACACAGGUUGAACUAAUUAUGCACUGUUGAGCAUGACAAAAGAUUAUUGGUUAUUUUCUAAGCCAUUCGGCACGAAAACUCCCAUUUCUUUGAAUGUGCCAUAAGGUGAUUUAUAACCUACCUGUGGCCAUGUGUUUUCAGAUAUUUGUAUCUCAAAGAGGGCUCAAUAAAGACUAGAAAGCUUUGUAGACCUUUCUGUAUUACAGCAUCAAUUUACCUACUCUCUUCUCCAUCCUUGGUCUUUAUUUAAAUACAAGGCCCUGAGUUGUAAUUCAUUUUGUUCCUGUAUACUUUUGCUUCUUAUCAUCCCAGAUACUUUCCAAAAUGUUUGCCAAUUUCGAACAAGCAACUCCACUCAAAAUGGGUUUUUAUUCUGGAUGGAGGGGGGAGGGCUUGAACCUCUGCUGGUCCAGGCGCCCAGGAAAUACUCAUACCCCAGAAAGACCAUUAUAGGUGCAGUUUCUAGGCCAUGCCCAGGCAUGUGGAUUUGGCAGUAAAGAUCCAUUUGGGGUAGAAUUGCUUUUUUAAAGAGGCAUCACUUGAAUUACAAAAUUUCUUGAGUCAGCUUCUUCCCCUUUUCUAUAAUGAAAACUGUGGGUAUGCCUAACACACAAAAGGAAGCUGGAAGGGUGUACCGCUCACAAGGUGACACAUGAGAUCCUCUGCUGCUGUAUAAAGCUGGGUGCCCGCCUUGUCCACAACCAAGUCCACAGCAGUAAGAAAAGAGAGAUGGUGGCACUUCCAGCAUUGCAUUGCAAUGAUUAGGCACAGAAUUGUGAAAUGUGUUUGCUGAUCCCUUGGGAGUUGUAUGUGUAUGGCAUGUCUUUGCUUUUAAUAGAUUCAUAAUAAAGAACUGAUUUUAUAUGCUG